CUUAGGCAAUUCUCAUAUGACCCAUUAGUGCGGACUAGGACGAUUUGUUUUAUAGUCUCUAGUGCCAUUUAAGCGGUUUACUUGCUCUAAGCUCUGUCUCGGGUGUUUUGCGGCGACGGUUUUCGGAGCAUGAGUCUCUCAAAUACCUGAGCUGGCGGAUAGUAGUUAAUCAGAAAUCAACUAUCUUCAAACCUAGAGUCCGCUGUAUCCAUGUCACAGCCAUGGGAUUACAUCGCUAAGCUUGUCUGUAUUGGUGACUCUGGAACUGGAAAGUCCAGCUUGACUAUUCGGCUUUGCGAAGGACGCUUUGCAUCUUCCCACGAUGUGACUAUUGGUGUGGAGUUUGGGUCGCGCAUUGUUCCAGUUGGACCACCUAGUUCAAAAACCCUAAAUAUAGAAUCAAGCACCAACCGUCGCAACCGUUCCUUUUCGUCACCGGUAGCUUCAGAUACCUCAGAGGAGCCUAUCGUCUCUGGUUUACCUAACCCUCCACGAAAAAUAGCCGAGUCUCAGAAAAAGAUGAAGUUAUCACUGUGGGAUACAGCAGGGCAGGAAACGUACAAAUCCAUCACACGGUCAUAUUUUCGUGGUGCCUCUGGUGCUCUGCUUGUGUUCGACAUAACGAGACCAUCUACGUUUACUUCAUGCACACAGUGGUUGCAGGAUUUGCGGCAAAUUGCGGAAGAAGGAAUUGUAGUUAUUCUCGUCGGUAACAAAAGUGAUCUGACCGGUAAUGAUCCGGAACGGAGUGAGAAGCAUGUUACGAGGCGGGAGGCGGAAGAGUGGUGCCGUAUGAACAACGUCGUACGCUACGUUGAGACCAGUGCAAAGUCCGGUGACGGCGUCGAGCGUGCGUUUCUUGAGGUCGCCGAGAGAAUUUAUCGAAAUAUCGAGGCGGGCAGGUACGAUUUAAAUGACCGCCGAAGCGGAGUGAAGGGCUUCGGCGCUACUGGUGGGGGGAGCACUAAUGUGCCGACAACUGUUACCCUAGGCUUGAACGAUGCAAUGCGCAGGGGCGGAAAUGGAUGGGCUGGAAACUGUUGUUGAGUAGAUUACGUCCACAACUGCAAUAAUCCUGAUUGUGCAAUGCUACCUGAGAGCAGCGACAAGUUCACUAGAUUACUCUUUCUAAGACAGUCAUCAAUGCUCGAACUAGGCUUUAGGAGGGUUGGAAAUAUCCUGGGAACUACCAAUAAAGAGAAAAAGUCCUUCUAGAUUUGACGGAGUGAAUUAGACUUC